UUACACACAUCAGAGAUCUCACACAGGGGAAGAAGCCGUUUUUCCUGUCCUGAGUGCGGUAAAUGUUUUUCAAAUAAGCCCCAUCUUCACACACAUCAGAGAUCUCACACAGGGGAGAAGCCGUAUUCCUGUUCUGAGUGUGGGAAAUGUUUUUCAUGGAAGUGCAAUCUUUCCAGACAUCAGAGAUCUCACAUGGGGGAGAAGCCACUUUCCUGA